AUGUUCAUGCGCAUAUCUCCAUCCGCCGCCUCCGUCAUUCGCGACUCAGUAUUCCUCCGCAUCGGCCGCCGAGUCUCAUCCCAUCCACCCCACUUCCGCUUCGCAAAGUCCACCACAGCUGUCGACACGAGACGCUUCAGAACAAUGUCAUCUCACGGGAACAGCUCGGAUGUCUCGUCGCAUCGGCCAAAGAAAUUGAUCUGUAAGUCAGCACUGCGCUUCCAGAUCCGCCUCGAGAUCGGCCAUGCGUCACCACAGUUUGCUCCGCGGGGAAGGCUCUCUCCCGCUGAGUUGCAGCGAUCAAACGCGGUGGAAAAGGACCGAAUUGAGUACGAUCCACUGACUCGAAUGAUUUCUUUCUUCCAAGUUGCUCCCGGCGACAUUGAGGCCGACAAUGAGCAAAUCGGCACAACGGCGCAAGGUGAAGACUCAACGUCCACGUCUCACGGUCCAUCGCAGACCCUCCCCACCGAGGCCGUCGCGCCCACGGCAGCAUCCGAUAGCCAAAUGGUGUCCAAGGCAGCGCGAGCUCACCAAUUUGUGACCAAUCCCCCUCUCACCGUGUCGCAGCUCCACAUGACGGAUCCCCUUCAGCAAUUCCAUACAUGGUUCCGUGACCCACGGUUGCCGGCGAGCUCGGCGCCCGAGACCUGCACCCUCGCCACAGCAGAGCUGCCUUCAGGGCGAGUUAGCGCACGAUCGGUCUAUUUGAAGGAGCUAGAUGAGCGCGGAUGGGUUGUCUACAGCAAUUGGGGGAGUCGGGAGGGCAAGGGUGCCCAUAUCUUUGGACGACAAGGAGCAGGAACAUCAGCAGCGGACAGCGACAUGCCCCAAGCGAUUCCCGAGCCGGGUCAAGAGGCCGCUGACGGACACGAGGCGGGUAAUAAAUGGGCUGCCUUGACCUUCACUUGGUCGAUCACGGAACGCUCGGUGCGGAUCGAAGGCAUGUUGGAGCCACUCCGUCGAGAGGAGAGCGAAUUAUACUGGCGCACUCGCGAGCGUGGAAGUCAGAUCGGUGGUUGGGCUAGUUGGCAGAGCCAGGUAUUGUGGUCUGCCGAGCCCGACCAGCUGGCUGAACGCCAACGCCAGGCGGGCGUGACGGAGCUGCAAGGCUCAGCCGGAUCAGCUCCCGGUGCGAAUGUCCCGGCCGACAUCGACGUGACGGAUAUCGAUGACGGGCGAGCAUUGCUCGAGCAGCGCGUCAAGGAAGUCGAGGCACGAUUCGCAAAUGUCAAGGAGAUUCCUCUCCCUCCCUUCUGGGGCGGCAUGCGUCUGGUUCCCGAGUCCAUUGAGUUCUGGCAGGGCCGUCGAAGCCGACUGCAUGAUCGUUUCCGCUAUGUCCGCGUGGCCGGGGAGGGAGAGAACGCGAAAUGGCGGCUGCAGAGACUCUCUCCUUAG